AUGAGUGACAAAGAACCCCCUGAUGGGGGUGGAGGGGUUCCUCCAGAUAUAGACAUCUUAGAUUGUUCCCAAGACAUAAAUGUAAGUCUUCAGCAGAGAUCUGCCCUUAAACGACCUGCGGAUUCAGAUUCCUCCAUUGAAUCCAAGAAAAACAGACCUCCGUCUGAUUCAAUUCAGUCGGUUUUUUCGAAGCCUGGAUUCGAAACCAACUCCAAACUUUUCUACAAUGAGUGUGACAGAGCACCCUUCACUGUUUUUGUAUCCAAAAUUGAGCCUGAUCCUGCCACUGGUACAACUUUAAAAGUCCUGAAGUUCGCUCAGUUCUUGCACAAAAAUAACGUCAAAGGCAUUUCUGAAGGUGGAAUUAAGUCCCUAGGACGCAAUAAACUCGCCAUUGAAUUCAAGACUGCUUCGGAGGCCAAUAGUUUUGUGGAGAGUGACUUUCUUACCUCAAAUAACUAUAGUGCUAAAAUCCCCCGCUUCCAAAUUACUCGUAUGGGCAUUGUCAGGGAUAUCCCUACCGACUGGACCUUGGAGGACUUAGUCUCAGGGGUAGAAACUCCUCGCAAUUGUGGGGAGGUCAUUCGGGCUAGACGCCUCAACUUUAAAAAUAAGAAAGGGGAUACAGUAACGUGGUCCCCUUCUUCUACGGUGGUUCUGACUUUCGCUGGUCAAACUCUCCCAGAGAGAGUUUUCUGUUACAAUGCCUCCCUCCCUGUCUCAGUCUAUCAUCUCCCAACAAUCCAAUGCCGCAACUGCCUCCGUUUUGGCCACAUUCGCUCUCAGUGUAGGUCGAAAGCUCGAUGCUUUAAAUGCGCUCAGCCGCAUCCUGGUGACAGCUGCAACGUCCCUGACUCACAGGUAACUUGCAUUUUAUGCGAUGGUGGCAACCACAAGGCUACAGACGAUCAAUGCCCUGAACAUUCACGCCAAAAAAAUAUCAAAAUGGUUAUGUCUCAGGAAAACCUCAGCUAUAGUGAGGCGUCUGCAAGAUUCCCGCGAGUUAAACGCUUCUACUCUAACGUCACGGCGAACUCCCCACAAUACCAUUCCACACAGGCUCUUGCUCCCGACUUCUCUCAGCUUUUUGCUUCCCCUCUCUUGUCUCCUUCUUCUCCAUCUGCCUCCCCCUCCAAAACAUCGUACACCAAAACAGUUUUCCGUUCCCCCAGACCUAGACCCGAGCUGAGCAAGUCAUACGAUGUUCAGGCCCAUAGGUCGAUUGUAUCGUCCCCCAAUUCCUCUCAGCCAAAUGGCUGUGCUUUACAGCAGCCUCCUAACACAGAAUCCACUCCCCUUUGUACUCCUAAUGAUAACCUUAUUGAACUUCUCACUUGCUCCCUUAUCAACAUCCUCUCCAAAUUUAGUGAUGCCAUACCGAACAACGUCCUCAUACUUGUUGAGCAGCUGCUUCAAUCUUGGAUCCGUAGAAAUGCCAAAGAUCCUUCAAUGGAAUAG